AUGUCGGACACACCUGCAGCACCUGCAGAGUCCGUCAGCCCCUCUUCGGAGUCUCCCGCCGUGCCGAGACGCGAUGUCUCACCUGAAACUCCGCAGGUCACGCAGAAUGAGUUUAUUGCUGUAGAUGAUGAGCAUAAUGCGGCUGAUGAUGAUGAUGCUGAUUCGGCACUGGGUUCGGAUACUGAGAGCUCAACUGCUUCGGUGUCGGCGAGUAUUCUUGAGUACCGCCGCAGUCAAGGUCGUACAUACCAUAGUGACAAGUUUACGACAAACUACUUUCUGCCCAACGAUGAUCAGCAGUUGGAGUCUGUUGACUUGACACAUCAUUACUUGAUGAUUCUACUGGAUGAUCAGUUGUUUCUCCCUCCAUUGAAUACAGAGAAAUUAAAGAAAGUAUUGGAUGUUGGUACUGGAACUGGUAUCUGGGCGAUUGAAUUCGCCGACCGUUUCCCCAACGUCGAAAUCGUUGGCACCGACCUCUCUCCCUGCCAACCCGAGUGGGUUCCCCCAAACGUUCGCUUCGAAAUCGAUGAUGCAGUUCUGAGCUGGACCUGGGAGCCCAAUGAGUUUGACUUUAUCCACAUCCGCUACCUCUUUGGCGCCAUCAAAGACUGGUCAGCUCUCUUCAAGGAAGCUUGUCGCUGCGUCAUACCCGGAGGCUGGGUCCAAUCAGCCGAGGCAGAUGUUGAGUUCCGUUGCGAUGACGGUAGCAUUGAAUUGGAGCCCAACUUGAAGAUGUAUAAGAAGCUCUUUGAGGAGGGCGGAAAGGUUCUCAACACCCACUUUUUUGUGAACGAUAUGCAGGUCCAGGGAUUUAAGGACGCUGGCUUUGAGGAGAUUCACACUAUUGACUACAAGCUUCCCGUUGGCGACUGGCCCAAGGAUCCUAAACUUAGAGAAGUCGGAAAGUUUGUUCGGGCUUGCCUGGAGAACGAUAUCGAAGGCAAGUCACCGCUACGAUUAUUCACAUGA